GCAACUGUGAAACGGUGUCGUAGAACUGCACUGAUUUGGUUCCCUCCAUCAUCGUGCUAGGGUUCACAGAGUCGCAUUUUUCCCUUUCUUCUCUUCAUUCGUUUAUGUAUUUCGCGAAAUCGACUGAAUCACGUGACGAAUUCCUCACGUGCCUGCAAAGUCAAAAGAUUGAAACAAUUUAAAGAUGCAGAAAUUGGGAGAGUUCAAAUUACCGCAUUUCUUCAAUUACCCACCUUACUUCACCUUGCAGCCAGUAAGGGAUACUAGAGAGAAGCAGAUACAAUUAUGGAAAGAGCUUAUUAUAGAUUACUGCAAAACACACAAGAUAUUUGUGAUUGGGAUUGAUGAAGAAUUUCCUUUAUUUACAAAUUCUUUAAUUGAAAGAUCUCUUACUCAUGAAGCCAGAGAAGCGUUCCUUUCAGCAUUAGUUUCUGAAGGACGAGCGGAAUGGAUGGAUAAAGGACAUAGAAAAUGUCUUAUUCUCUGGCAUAGGGUUCAAGAGUGGGCUGACAUUUUACUACAGUUUGCAAAAGAUAAUGGACUGGAAGACGGUGUUGUGACGAUAGAGGAAAUACGCUUUGGGACUGAGUCUCAUGGAACAGAACUUCACGGGAUAGACCGAACUAUUUUGAAUCGUGCAUUGAAACUAUUAGAACAAAAGGGGAAGCUUGUGGUCUUUAAAGGAACUUCAACAGAUGAUGAAGGAAUUAAAUUUUCUGUAUAACUGUUUUUGUGUUAAUUUGUUGAAUCAUAAGAAAUUUCAAAUGACAUUCACGGGGGAUCUUUUCCUCCCUAUCUGACUUGCUGAGUGUGUUAUCGGGCAAGAUACCUAAGAUCAAGCUGGCGUCAAUUGCUAUCGUCUAUUAUUAUGGGAUCUUGUUUGUGUUAAGAGUUGGGCUGUGUCCAUAAUCUGUUGAGCUAGUGAAACUACAUUCCUUGUGACAUCAUGAAAUUCAUAAAUAGGAGUCUGGGUUCCAAACUUCUAAUUUCCCAAAAGCUAUUGUUAGUGUAGACAUUGAUUUUAUAUAUAAAAAAAAAAUAACACUA